AUGGCUCAAGGACCGGAGUUUUGUUUGCCAGCGGAGUUCCUCACCGACGAGGAUUUUGUCAUUGAGAACGAGAAAUUCAACGAAGAAACUGAGUCAGUUUCCGAGUUCUGCUUCCCCACUGAAUUUCCCUACGAUUUUGGCACCUAUACAUUGGGUUCUCCCGAAAUAGAGAGCGACGACGAAGACUUACUCGCCGCAUUAACUUGCUCCUCUUUCUAUCAACAUCUCAACCCCACCAAGCCUCAAAAUCUUGAGAAAGAUUGGAUGUCCGGUUCGCCCCAGUCAACGCUGACCCAGGUUGGGAGCACCGGCGGGUCGUACGACGGUAGCCAUAAUGGUCCAUCUCAGGUGCCGUCUCCUCCAACGACCCUGUUCGGGAUUAAGAACAACAAGCCAUGGGAACUGAUUUACCAUCCCGCCGUUCAAGUCCCUAAACACAAGCUAAACGGCGGUGGCCUAUCGGAGCCACCUAGAAGCCUCGUUCAACUUCAAUAUCCUGCACAAAAUCUCAACGCCCCUGUUUUCCAUAACACUCGUUUCCAGCAAGUGAGAGUGGAUCGUUCGAUGAACCAACCGAAUAUGGGGUGUGGAAUGUGGUACAGCCAGCACCAAAUGGAUAAAAACAGGGGUGCGAGACUAGUAGGAGGAAUGGGUCAAGCUGCGUACCAAAUUCGCCCUACCCAAAAGUUUAGCGGUUCGGGUACUACUGGGCAGGUGUCUUUUGGUGGGUAUGGCGGCGGAGAUAGAAUUGGUCCAGGCGGUGCCGGUGGUAAAAAGGGGUGUGCUGGGACAGGGGUCUUUUUUCCUCGGAGAUAUGGGGCUAAUAAUGAAAAGAACGCGUUCCCUUCAGAUUCACGCAAGAAGCUAGUUAGUUCAACUGCUUUGCUUCCUGAUGGAAUUAUCCAUGCCCUCAACAAGAAUAUCUUCGACGUUCAGUCUCGGUCUCAGCCUGGGUACUUCAUCCCGGAUUAUGACACCUUGAUGUCUAGAAGGAAUGCGUUAUUGAUACAACAUCAACUCGGUUUAAGUUCGUCGACUCGAAGUUCAUACCAUCCUCAGGAUUGGAGCUUUUGA